AUGGCGCACUGGUUCUCUUCAAGACGGUAUUUUACGGAUGUGCAUCGACUGCCGGGCACUGAACAAACAGACAGUCAAGAACAAAUAUCCCAUACCGCGCAUAGACGGGAAAUGGAGCAACUGCGUGAAGCAACGGUGUUUCCGAAGCUGGACCUAUGGUCGGGUUACUGGCAGACCAAGUUGGUAGACAAUUUGAUCCACAAGAUGGCGUUCCAUAACAGAUACGGCUCCUACGGAUACUUAGUGAUGCCGUUCGGACUCUGCAACGCACCAGCGAUGUUUCAGGUGGAGAUGAAUCAUAUCCCACGGGCCAUGUUGGACGAGUGCGUGGUGGUGUGCUUGGACGACAUUCUCAUCUACUCCAAGAAUAUGAAAGAGCAUAUGGAGCAUACAGACAGAACAGACUACAGCGCCAGUACUCAUCCUACUGGAUCCAGACAGAGAUUACGUGGUGGAAGCAGACGCUAG